AUGCCUUUAAAGCAUGAACCCUUAACAGAUAAAUUGUUACCAGAUAAAGACACAAUACCAAAUCUUCCUCCAUUAACAUUAGUAAUCAAUUUAGAUCAAACACUUAUUUAUUCUUCUUGGGAUAGAAAACAUGGAUGGAGAACGGCAAAACGACCGGGUGUUGAUUAUUUUUUAUAUGCUGCUUCAAAUCUUUUUGAAGUUGUCAUAUUCACUUCCCAACCUUCUUAUGUUGCAGAACAAAUACUUGCGAAACUUGAUCCACUUGGCAUGGUUCCAUUUAGACUUUUUAGAGAGUCUACACGAUAUGUAGACGGAAAGGUUAUAAAGGACAUUUCCAAAUUAAAUCGAGAUAUAUCUAAAAUAAUAGUUAUGGAUUCUAACCCUGAUGCUUAUUCUUUGCAACCUGAAAAUGUGAUUUCUGUUCCACCAUGGACAGGGGAUCCUAAUGAUAGUUUUUUAGUUGAUACUAUUCCAUUUCUCGAAGGAAUUGCUUUAUUGUUAUCUGAAGUUCAAGAUAUUCGUCCAGUGAUAAAAGAAUUUCGAGGAAAAAAUGUUCCAGAAUUUUAUCUGGAAUGGGAAGAGCAAUGGAAAAAGAAACAUCAACAGGAAUGGGAAAAGGCUAAACCAAGAAAAGAAGGUUUAGCGAGAUUUCUAUCAUUAAUUGGUGGUAAUCAAGUGCAAGAACAAAUUAUGCCACAAUAUCAACAAGCCUUACUUCAUCGUCAGAUGGUUCAUAAUGAGUUAAUAGAACAUUAUAAAUCUGUGAAAGAUAGAGGACCUGAAUUACAACGUGCGAUAGAUGAUUAUGAGAAAAAGUUUCAGGAAAGCAUGAAAAAUCAAAAAAUUACCCAUUGGCAGUUAUUAACUCAGGGACCACCACAAAUUCCAUUUCCACAACCUGAUCAACCUCCUCAAUCACAAUAA